AUGGAAAGAAGUAGUUGUUUUGAUUCAGACUCUAAGUCAGAUGAUGAUGCCAACAAGAAUGAAAAUCUUGAGCUGCUUCUCCCUGAAGACUUGAAGAUUCAGAUUUUUACUUUGGUUCCUCUUACCUAUCUGAUUAACUCUGUAAGGUAUGUUUGCAAACCUUGGGCUGCUAUUAUUGCCGGCCCCCGUUUUGCUGAAGCUUGUCAACGCUUCGAUAUACGUUUUAAACCUGGUCUUUACGUUGAAAAUCGCAAGUCAAAAAGUAGUUCUUAUUUCUUGGAGUUUAAAGAUGAUGUGAAUGGCCAAUUUGAAAGGAUUGAUUUGGGAACACCGAAAAAAAUGGGACAUGUAAUCGGUACUUGUGAUGGCAUAUUGCUUCUUUUGAAUACAGCUAGGCAAGUUUUUGCUGUGAACCCCUUCCUCAAGUGCUGGCUUAGAAUUCCUCCUUUUCCCUUUUCUCGGCAUAACCAAGGGUUUCCGUGUCAAUGUACUAUAACACGUGUUCCUCGUACUGCCAAAUUCAAGCUUUUUCAUGCAGAUAUCCUUGAGAUUUCAGGUGCUUAUUCAUGUGUUUUUUAUGUGCUGAGAAUUGGAAUUGAUAGCUCAUGGAAAGAGAUAGCUAGAAAAGAAGCAUUCCCAAUGUUCCGUCGGUUGUAUUUUUCAUCGAGACCACUUUAUAGUGGAGGCAAUGAUCUUUACUGGAUAACAUAUAACGAAGUGAUUCUGAUGGAUAUUGACAAGGAAACUAUUGUAGGAGAAUAUCCUGUUCCUUUUAUAACCAUGGACCCGUAUGAGAGAUCUAUAACAAUGUAUUCUAGCGUCCCGUUUGAGAUGUUUUUACAUAUGGGCGAGCGUCUUUCUCGCAUUGUGUCUAUAGAUUCUCAUAGAACAUAUCAAAUCUAUAUACUUGAUUUUGAUUCAGAAAAUUGGUCUCUUUAUCAUGAGAUGGGACCUUUUGAUUAUAUGUCUGCUUCUGGUCAUAAUCUUAAACCUAGAAGUGCGUCAUUUCGUUUGUGGAUCAACGAUCAAAUUAUCUUCCAAGUAGGUUUACAUAAAACUGAAACAGGAAGUAUGUCUUCCCGCAAAAGCAUUCAUUUUGGUUACAAUGUGAAGACCAAACAAUUGACAAAGAUUGAAGAUAUUGAGGUGGGAGAUUUUGACGUAUGGCUUCACACUAUCAGUCUAGUUUCUUUGCCAACUACUCUCCAUAGCUAA